AAAAAUAGCUGCUGCUUCCCAUCAGUUGCCGUCUUCAACACUGAAAAGCUCGAAAUUGAAGCUUUUUGGCUAUGGAGGCGAAUGCAUCAGCUACUGGACGACCCGACCCAUUUCAUCUAUUUGAUGAAAAAUCCCAAACUGGGCCUGGGUUCGGGUUCGGAUUCGGGUCUGGGUUUCUUGAUGGCCCAGAAACGCCUCUUCCACCUCCUCCUCCUUCUGUUGAAGUACUUCCCUCGCAGGUUUCAUCAAAUGUGGAGUUCAAUGUGGAGCCUGUAGAUUUGGAUGGCCUUACUUUGCUUAAGGGAAGGGUCAGUACAAAGGAAGUAUUUGGGUUGUCUAAUUCAGAUUUAAUCCCCGGAAAAUAUGAAGGGGGGCUGAAAUUGUGGGAAGGUUCAUUAGAUUUAGUGAAGACUCUAAGCUCAGAGAUGCAAAGCGGCCAAUUAUCAUUGUCUGGAAAAAGAGUUUUAGAGCUAGGUUGUGGUCAUGGUCUUCCUGGGAUUUUUGCAUGCCUUAAGGGUGCGCGUGCUGUACACUUUCAGGACUUCAAUGCUGAGGUGCUGCAAUGCCUUACAAUUCCAAAUGUCAAUGCCAAUAUUAAACAGAACUUGCCGGACACAGAUGACAAUAGUAGCACCGAAGUUCGCUUCUUUGCAAGUGAUUGGAAUGAAGCUCAUCUGAUUCUUCCUCAUGUACCUGCUGAUGAUGAUUGCACAAAAAACGGCCAAACAGUUGACCAGGCUGCUGGUUAUGAUAUAAUUCUCAUGGCAGAGACAGUUUACUCAGUUUCUACUCUACCUAGUUUGUACAAACUUAUUAAAAAGUGCUUACGUAGUCCUCAUGGAAUUGUAUAUCUAGCUGCAAAGAAGCAUUAUUUUGGUGUAGGUGGUGGAUCAAGGCGAUUUAUUUCGAUUGUGGUGAAAGACGGUGUUCUAGCAGCUUCUCUCGUUUCCGAGGUUACAGAUGGCUCCUCGAAUGUUCGAGAAGUCUGGAAGCUUCACUUCAGGUUUCAUCAAAUGUGGAGUUCAAUGUGGAGCCUGUAGAUUUGGAUGGCCUUACUUUGCUUAAGGUAAGAUUUCGCAUUCAAUGUGAGAUCAAGAAAUUCGAUAAAAACUGAUGAUCCGAGGGAUAAUAGCCAUUCAGAUAAUGAUUCAGGUCAUAAUGGACAUAACGAUAAUGGUCGCAAUGGUUGGUCAUAAAAUGAUAAACAUCACUAUUAUUAAUGUUGUUAUAUAUAUUGUUGUUGUUAAUUAUAAACUAGUCCAUUUCACCUUUAAUAUGGUCUCAUUCUAAAAA